CAGCCCAAACCCGCCACCGUCCUCUCCCAGCUCCCACCAAUCGGGUCGCAGGGAGCCCCGCACUGCUGAGUCCGCCGACACUGCGUCCCGGGCCAGACGACGAUGUCAGCAUGGGGUCCUCACAGCGCCAUGGAGUAGAGGCUACUCUCGAGCACGUGACCGGAGCCUCCGUCACUUCCGGGUGCGACAGUAGCUUCCGUCCGCUGAGACGCUAGCGUCAUUAGGUGCCUCCUCUUUGCUUCUGACGGGCUACACGUCUUCUUCCCUUUCCCUCUGUUCCCAGCUGGAGGGAUAUGAGUGUCCCUGGACCGUCGUCCCCGGUCGGGGCCCUGACACGGCCACCCGACAGUCUGGAGGGCGGGGAGCCAACGCCGGGUUUAAGUGCCACUUCUCCAGAUGAAGGGUUAAUAGAGGACUUGACUGUGGAAGACAAAGCUGUGGAACAACUGGCAGAAGGAUUGCUUUCUCAUUAUUUGCCAGAUCUGCAGAGAUCAAAACAAGCCCUCCAGGAACUCACACAGAACCAAGUUGUGUUGUUAGACACACUGGAACAAGAGAUUUCCAAAUUUAAAGAAUGUCAUUCUAUGUUGGAUAUUAAUGCUCUGUUUGCCGAGGCUAAACACUAUCAUGCCAAGUUGGUGAAUAUAAGAAAAGAGAUGCUGAUGCUUCAUGAAAAAACAUCAAAGUUAAAAAAAAGAGCACUUAAACUGCAGCAGAAGAGGCAAAAAGAAGAGUUGGAAAGGGAGCAGCAACGAGAAAAGGAGUUUGAAAGAGAAAAGCAGUUAACUGCCAGACCAGCCAAAAGGACGUGAAAAGUUGUGUGUGUGUGUUUAAUUCUCCUCUCCCAUAUUUGGGUUAAGAUGACUUAAGUGUAGACUGAAGCUGAGGUAGUGCCUUAUGCCAUUAUGUCAAAUGUUGAAAUUCUUAUUCCAGCAUUACUGUGUCUCCAUGCCUUUUGGUUUUCGAUAUUUUUAUUUAAGUUUUUCAAAUUGUGUUUAAUUUAAAAUGUAUUAUUUCUAUCUUGAAUCACUUAUAAACUGGAAAAUAGUUUGAUUAUUGUCAGUCAAAACUCUUAAGUAGUUAAAAAUUAGUAUGAGUUUUUUAGCUUCUUAAUGAAUAUAGAUUUAAAACUCUCCGGUUCUUACUUUAUGAAGUGACUUGUCUUUAUGGCAAUACAAUGCUGAUUUUUAGUAAUUGCCUUUUUAUUGCUUAAUUAAGACGAAAUGCCAACUGUUUAAUCACACCUGCCUCUGGAAAAGAGGUGAGCCUUUUGAACAGUUGAAUUUCAUCAGAAGCUCGAUAGCUUUUUGGUGAGAGGAAGUGAUACUCUUUGUUAUAAGAAACAAGGAAUUAACAAAAAUAAGGAACUUAUUGCUACCUUUCUUUCUGUUGAACAUGAAAAUAGUUUGGUUUGUGGACCGGGCAUGGUGGCUUAUGGGAAAGAGGUAAGCCUUUGUGAAGAACAUAAUGGCAAAGUACAUGCACAGAAAAUAACAGCACUUUAAGUAUAGUUCAGGUGAGCAAGAUGCCAGAUAGAUUCUACUAACCAUGUACUCUCUCUGCUUCUUAGCAUCAUUGUCACUGCUUCUGUAGCUUUUGGGUUCAAAGUAGAUUACAUCUAUUCCUAAAGUUUGGUGGAGGUGGUGGAGCUGUCACACUCAAAAGAGCUUGUAUAUUUAUAAUAGUGUAGUAUUAUAGUAACAUUUAUCAUACACUGGAUAGUUUCUGUGCUUGUAAAAAAAAAAUCCUUGAAGUGAGGGCAGGCGCUAUGACUCACGGCUGUAAUCCCAGCACUUUGGGAGGCCGAGGCGGGCAGAUCACGAAGUCAGGAGAUUGAGACCAUCCUGGCCAACAUGGGGAAGCCCGUGUCUACUAAAAAUACAAAAAUUAGCUGGACGUUGUGGUGUGCACCUGUAAUCCUAGCUACUUGGGAGGCUGAAGCCGGAGAAUCACUUGAACCUGGGAGGUGGAGGUUGCAGUGAGCCAAGAUCAAGCCACUGCACUCCAGCCUGGCAAUAGAGUGAGACUCUUGUCUCUCAAAAAAAAAAAAGAAAAAUUAUUUUGAAGUGGAAUGAUGUACACCAACUACCCACUUUAUAGAUAAUUACAGGGAUGAUGAAAACUUAGAAAAUAGCUUCACAAAAGAGGCAGCAUGAUACCUUUAGUGUUUUCUAGAAUUUUUUUCUGGGUAUUAUAUGUAGAAACUUAUUAUGUGAGGGAAAUCUUGGGAGGUUUCAUUGUUUAAAAUCAAGAGUGUAUUAUUUACUGUUUUACAGUAUUAUUUAAUAUCUACCUGCUUUCCAAUCUCUAUUACAUAGGGACUGUACAGAGCCUGUAAAGAUGUAUGAAAGUUUGUGUUUUAUAAUCCACAAUGCAUUUUUGGUAAGCUGGAAUCACUACCUCUGAUCACAUAUCAGGCUAAUGAUAGAGAAAGCAUUAGGUUUAAGUUGAGGGCUAAGAUCUGGUUUGUUUAAAGGUAUAAAUUGUUGGAAAGUGUGUUUGCCUCCUUUAAUGAAUGAUGGUCUUACAAUUCAGUUGACUUUGACCUAAUAUUUGGGAAUAUAAAUAUAUUUUAUUUAAAAAGGCUGAGUGUUGCCCUCAAACACUUGCUAAAACUGCCUAGGGCAGGAUUCAUUAGGGCUUGCAGACAAUGUCACCUAAAUUGCUGAAUGUACUCGUUAUGAUAUGAUGUCUGACAAAGGUGUUACAGUAUUUCUGGCUUGUUUUGGACCAACUGCAGUGAUUAUUUAAAAUGCUGUUUCCUGCACACUACUCUCAAUCUACUGAAGCACAUCUGUUUUCUUUGUUUUGAUUUGCUUUUUGUUUUUUAAAAAAAACAAAAAGUGAUUCCACUGCACCUGAAAAGUUGAGAACUAUAGGCCUCAUGGUCGGUUGGGGUAUCCCACACUAGGCUGCAUAGCAUUAUCACCUGGGAAUGUUAAAAAAAAAUACAGACGUUCUUGAUUCUUAGUGUUGUUAAUGAUUGUGGAUCCCAUGUAUUUUUUAAAAAGCUCCCCAGAUAAUUUUGAUGUCAGGAGUUACUAGUAUAGACUCUCUAGUGAGUUGUAUUAUAAGCAGUGAAAUACUUUAAAAGCUACCCAGUAACUCUGGGGAUUAAUUUUGUGAAAUAAAUUCUGAGCUGCUGCUUUUGACAUAGUCAGACUUAAGAUUGAACCCCAGCAGACAGGCAAUUCAUAAAGAAUUCUGGUUUAGUUACUUGAACUUUUGUGACCUGUAUAAAAAGAAAUCAUACUUAUUGAACAAAUGACAAGGCACAAAUACUUUCAGAAUUAUUUAAGUUUUGGAGAGUUAAAGAAAUGACAAAAUGAAUAUAUAUUAGUAUCCUCUAUUUAAGGUCAAUUGUAAACCAGAAGUACUGUUAUUUUGGUGAUUAAAAUCCAGAACUUUAGCUGUAUUUCAGUAACAAAACGUAUCUUACUAGACUGUGAUGGCUCACACCUGUAAUCCCAGUGCUUUGGGAGGCUGAGGUGGGAGGAUUCUUUGAGCCCAGGAGUUCAAGGCUGCAGUGAGCUCUGAUUGCACCACUGCACUCCAGCCCAGAUGACAGAGUGAGACCCUGUUUCUAAACACAAAACAAACAACGUAUCUUACUGACUAAACUGGAAUGGAACUCUUAUAAUUAGUCUUGCUGUAUUUUUCCACAAAAUAGUGAAUUGGUACUUGGGAGACUUGUUUUUUGUUGAAAAAACUGCCUUUGUUUUGAAAUUAUAUCACCUGUGUUCUGAACUAAAAUGAUGUGAGCUCAUUUUGUAUUUACUUUGCAGUAUCAUGUAAAUAUGCAAAUAUUGAAUGUAAUAUAGAUUGUGUCCUCAUUGAGUUUUUGGGUGAUACAGUUUAUAAUUAUACCAACUAUACCUUCAUAACAUUUGUCUGACUUUGAGCUUGUAAAAUAACUACUUUUUACACAUUUAAUAAAAAAAGGUGUCUGAAUUA